GCUUUUCGUCCCUUACUCGACAGCAAGCAUGGCCAUCGUCGAUGACACCAGCAUGGAGCGCUUCGCCAUAGAGGAUGAGAAGCCUGCGGUAGAUGCGAUGGUCGAGACCGUCGACGGCAGCUCGCACACCGAACGACCCGAGGAGGCCCUCCAACCACCGCCGAUGAAGCUCACCCCCGAAGAAGAACGGAAGCUGUACCGCAAGAUCGAUCUUCGACUCAUUCCAAUAAUGUGGUUGAUGUAUUUGGGAUCCCAGGUCGAUCGAAGCAACAUCGGGAAUGCGAAGCUGCAAGGGCUAUUGACCCAGUUGCACCUAACUGGCCAUCGGUACAACAUCACACUUAUGAUGUUCUUCAUCCCAUACUGUCUCUUUGAGUUUCCAUCAAACCUAGUCUUGAAGAAGUUCAGGCCCUCAAGGUGGUUACCAGGAAUAACCGUCGCUUGGGGAACCAUAACCGCAUUGAUGGGAUUAGCCAAGACAUAUCCCCAGUUAGUGGGCAUCCGUACAUGUCUUGGAGUUGCCGAGGCAGGGUUCUUUCCUGGGGUCGCAUACUACAUGUCCAUAUGGUACCCGCGACACAUGUUACAAUAUCGCCUCGGACUCUUCUAUAGUGCGGCAACUGUGGCCGGCGGCUUCUCUGGCUUGCUCGCCUUCGCGAUCAGCUUCAUGAGCGGAACACACGGACUUCUGGGGUGGUCAUGGAUAUUCAUUCUUGAAGGUUCCGCCACUGUAGGCAUCGGGAUCUUGGCCUUCUUGGUAAUGGUCGACUUUCCCGAGUCGGCUACGUUCCUGACGGAAAAGGAGAGGGCUUACGUUCUAUGGAAGAAAAGAUAUGACAACUCCGCAAUCGGGGAGGAAGAACACUUUGAGCCACGCCACGUCGUUGCCGCUCUGUGUGAUUGGCAAGUGUGGGCGCAUAUAAUCGUGUACAUGUGUGUUAUUGUACCAGUGUUCGGCAUCACAUUGUUCCUACCCUCUAUCAUAAAUGGGUUUGGAUUCAGCACGACUGUCAGUCAGUUGUUGACGGUUCCGCCGUACGCCCUAGGAACUCUGACAAUCAUCUCUUGCUCCUACUACUCUGACAAGCUGAAGCAACGCUCCCCGUUCAUCCUCGCCGGCUUGGUCAUGUGCCUCAUCGGUUUUUCUAUUAACAUCGCGCCUGUCCAUGUAGGCGUCAAGUACUUCGGGACCUUUUUCAUCGUCGCAGGGGGAUAUGGGACAGUUGCCGGAGUUGUAGCAUGGUUUGUAGCCUCCCUGCCAUCCGACACAUCGAUCGUUAAUCAGAAGCGCAGGUUAGGAAACAAUAUUGCAGGGCAUUAUAAACGAGGAGCUGGUAUCGCCUUACACGUAGGGAUCGGCAAUUUUGGGGGAGUGGUCGCGUCAAAUAUCUAUCGCACUCAGGAUGCUCCCAAAUACGUGUUGGGUCAUGCCAUCGAGCUCAUGUUUGUUGGCAUCGGUCUGGUCGUCGUACCAGUCAUCAUGCUGGCGUACAUGAAGAUCAAUCAGCGCAGGGCACGCUCCAUUACGAACGUCGCCAACUACUCCCCGGAACAACUUCGGGCGCUCGGGGACCGAGCUCCAAGCUUCCGUUACACGUUGUAACCGCGUAUCCGGAAACCUUGGGAUAGGAGUUUUCCUAUGUGGUGUAACACCAGAAUUCGUCCUCUGUGUCGUCCAGGUUCUCCUGACCAUCCGGCCACCUCCACAUGCACAAUGAUGUUAUCUUCGCUUAUCAUGAGACACUGUACCAAAUCGGGGUCGAAUGGGAGGUUCUUGCUGUCCAACAAGAGGUCACGCUUCGAGUACGGCAAAGACGUGGUGAUGGGGCCCGCGAAAGGUCCCAACGUAUCGUCGGUCUCUGGUCGCGAGACGAACUGUUCUCCGACAACGUGCACGCCAUGGCGGUUCAUCUCCUGGCGCAAAGCCUUACCGAGCGGGUUGAAAUCAUAAACUGUGUAUGAAUGGUCGUGGUCAUGCGCCACCAGCCUGUAUCCGAAGACCAUCCAGCGGUGAUCAUCGUAAUCCAGGCCCGGCUCUGCUACCAUUCGAGUCAGCUGUGGCCCCCAUUCAUUCCACCUCCGGCGCGUAAACUGGCCGUCGUGAGCCUUCGCGGCGAGGCGAACGAGAUCCUCUUGGUGCGCAACAAAUACACUUUGCCAGUGAUCAUCUUCCCGGUCAGUAGCUGUGAUCACGAUCGCGACGAUGCCUUUCCCGCACGGUGUGUAAAACGGCGUCGGAGGAUGAGCGCCCGGUCGUAUGGGACCAGCGUUGCUGGUGAUCACAACCGAAUCAAAGCGAUAUGAUCCGGUCGACUCCGGGGUAGGAAAGUCGAGGCGGAGGCCGUGCAAGAGUUGGGUGUGCGGGCUAUUGGGCGCACUGGGCCCAUCAACCAGGCUCCUGAUCUCG